GUGCCUAAACUUGAAAACCGUUUUAUCAGCGGAACUGAGCCAGGACUGACAUGUUAUCUACUCCGAGCGGUUUUACUGAAUGUCUGCAGGAAUGGGGCGAUCUGGACAAGGACUACCAGCACCUCCAGGAGAUCCACCGACUGUACAAGCAGAAGCUGGAGGAGGUGACCAAACUACAGAACAGCUGCUCCACUGUCAUCGCUCGGCAACGCAAGAAAAUCAAAGAGCUCAAGGCCUCACUGGAGGAAUGUAAAGGUCAACCUCCGCCUGCUCAGCUCAGCCCUGAUGACGUCCUCACCAUCACAGAGAUCCAGGACUGCAUCAGCGAGAGGACUGGGGCCUUCCUGGAGAUGGAAGCUUUCCUGCCAAAGAAAAAUGGGUUAUACCUAAGUCUUGUUUUAGGAAAUGUCAACGUAACACUCCUCAACAAACAGGCAAAAUUUGCCUACAAAGAUGAGUAUGAGAAGUUCAAGUUGAUCCUCACUGUCAUCCUCCUGUUGUUCUCCUUCAUCUGUCGUUUUUUAUUCAGCUACAGAGCUUUAGAUGCCAUGUUUAACUUCCUGCUCGUGUGGUAUUACUGCACACUGACCAUCAGGGAGAGUAUACUCAUCAACAACGGCUCUAGAAUCAAAGGCUGGUGGGUGUUCCAUCAUUACGUGUCUACCUUCCUCUCUGGGGUCAUGCUCACAUGGCCUGAAGGAGAUCUCUACCAGAUGUUCCGAAACCAGUUCCUCGCAUAUUGCAUGUACCAAAGCUUUGUUCAGUUCCUUCAGUAUUAUUAUCAGAGUGGUUGUUUGUACAGACUGCGGGCGCUAGGAGAGAGACACAACAUGGAUCUCACAGUGGAGGGCUUCCAGUCCUGGAUGUGGAGAGGUCUAUCGUUUCUGCUGCCAUUCCUAUUUUUUGGUCAUUUUUGGCAGUUUUACAACAGUAUAACACUCUUCAAAAUGUCCCAGUUGUCGGAGUGUAAAGAGUGGCAGGUAGCGAUGUGUGGCUGCUCAUACAUGGUCCUCUUCAUGGGAAACUUCUUCACCACGCUGGGUGUGGUUUACCAGAAGUACAUGAACAACCAGGACAAGCCCAAAAGCUUCUAAAGAGGAAUGUGAUGCAGACAGCGUCCUCUAAUGUACGAGUUUUCACUCCAGUAAUCAAGUGUUUUUGUUUACGUUGUUGAGUCCUGUGGAUUUCAAAGCUUUCUGAAAAUUAUGUGUAGCUCAAUGAACAUGUUACAGAUUUUUUUUUUAAGUGUUCCUAAUUCUCGGAAUGCUACAGUGGGUGUGGCCAAUAAAACACUCCAAAAUGAAA